CUCGCCCGCGGCCAGCCGAGCCCCGCGGGCCGCGCCUGGGGCUCGGGAGGGUGGGGCAGCGGCGCGCGCCCACCGGCCGGCCGAGGGCGCCGGGCGCGGGUGCACGCGCAGCGGGUGGGCGUGCUCCGGGCGCGCGCGCCGCCGCCGCCCCAGCCUCUCGCGCCGCCCGCGCCGCCCGCUCCCGGAGCUCGGCCCAGCACGUCGGCUCCGGAGCGGCCGAGGGCAGCGCGGGCCCGCGGCAUUAAGAGUCAGCCGGCCUCGGACCCGCGUCCCGCACGCGGACUGUCCCGACCGAAGUGGAUGGAAGGGAAGGGGAGAGAGACCUUCAAGGUCUGCAGACAUGAAGACUGAAACCAGUCUGUAGGUUCCUGGGAGGCAGCUGACAACUAGAAACAGCUCCGAGGACAUUGAGAGACCGGAUUCCUAAAGCAACAGGCAGCCGAGAGCAACUGGACCAUGUGAGGCUUGGGUUGCCCCAAAGACCUACAGAGGAGCCAUGGGGGUGUUGAUGUCCAAGCGGCAGACAGUGGAGCAGGUGCAGAAGGUGAGCCUGGCUGUGUCAGCCUUCAAGGAUGGGCUACGGGACAGGCCUUCCAUUAGACGUGGGGGUGAGUUGCCAGGGUCCCGCCGCGGCACUGUGGAGGGCUCUGUUCAGGAAGUACAGGAAGAAAAGGAAGCAGAGACAAGUGCCCCCGUGGUCCAGGAGGAGAGCAGUGUCAACCGUGCAGCCUGGGAGCGGCUCCGAGAUGGGCGGGGAGUUGAGCCUGAGGAGUUGGACAGAACCAGCCGAUUCACACCCCCUGCCUUCAUCCGACCCACCCGGAAGCUAGAUGAUGACAAACCUCCAGAUAUCUGCUUGGAUCCCCGGGAGGCUGUUGUCAACGAUGAGAUGUGUGAUAUCUGCGAAGUCUGGACCGCUGAGAGCCUCUUCCCAUGCAGAGUCUGCACCAGGGUUUUCCACGACGGUUGCCUGCGCCGCAUGGGCUACCUCCAAGGAGACAGUGCAACGGAGGUGACGGAGAUGGCCCAUACAGAAAUAGGCUGGAGCUGCUACUACUGUGACAACCUUAACCUGCUGCUGACUGAGGAGGAGAUGUACAGCCUCACAGAGACCUUCCAACGGUGUAAAGUCAUCCCUGAUUGCUCCCUGACGCUGGAGGACUUCGUGCGCUACCGCCACCAGGCAGCAAAGCGAGGGGACAGCAGCAGAGCCCUGAGUGAUGCGCAGGAGGAACAGGCAGCCCGCCAGUUCGCGGCCUUGGACCCUGAGCGUCGAGGCCACGUGGAGUGGUCCGACUUCUUGUCCCAUGAAUCUCUGCUACUGCUGCAGCAGCUCCGUCCCCAGAACUCUCUACUGAGGCUUCUAACCGUCAAGGAGAGGGAACGAGCCCGAACCACCUUCCUGGCACGGGGCAGUGGGAGCUCCAUCAGUGAGGCAGAGUGCCACCGUGCCCGGCACUCUUGGUUCUGUAAACGCCUUGCAGAGGCUGCGUCCUGCAGUGUCAGCAUCAGCCGUGUGGGUCCCGUGGCAGACAGUAGCCCAGCCUGCAGCGGUAGCAAGAGUGAAUAUAAGGCCCCGCUGCCUGGAGAGCAGGAGCCCAGAUCUGUGGACUGGCCCACCUUCCUAAGAGAGAAUGUCAUCUACAUCUUGGCUGCUCGUCCCAACAGUGGAGCAAUUCACCUGAAACCCCCAGGAUAGUAUGGGGCAGAGCCUCUCAGUUCUGGGACGGUGGCAUCCUCUCUUCCUCUCCUUUCUCUUUCCUUCAACUAACCUCUGGCGCUGAGACUCACAGGAAUGGGGCACUGCCAACAUCUUAAUUCGUCCUUAAGUUUUACGGCACCGAAGCCACCGUUCCCCUCACAACAGAGGCAGUGUGUGUAUUGCCACACCGAGAGCCCUGAGAGCUGUGGCGUCACCCGCUCCUGGACCGCCUCCUGCCCUCACAUCAUAAAACUACCUGCCACCUCAUGCACACAUACGUGCAAUGCACAUGCAGCCACAUACAUGCCUAGAUAUCCAUGCCUUCAAACUCCUGGUUCUUUUUUCGAUGAAAAAGGACCAAAAUCCCUUUGUGAAACCCCUGGUGUAGAUGAGAUGGUCUCUUCUCACUCUUUCUAUUGGCCAGUUCUGGUUUCCGGUAGGAAGAAAGGGGCAGGUCAGCCUCGCUUCCCCUCCAGGAGAUGCCGAGAGGCCCCCUGCCCACAUUGAAAGCCCCUUCUGUGAUGAGCCACUGUUGCUGUGUGUCUGUGUGUCCCUCAGGUGUGUUGUGGUGGGAAAACCGUUAAAAAUCAUCCAUGAAGUUUGUGUUGAAAUUCUAAUUCCUCGUGACAGAAAAGGAAACUAGCUUGUGGAUUUCUGACUGGAAAAAGUGGAGACAGCCUCUCCCAGAGACCCAGAAUUCUAUUUCAACCAGGUCCUCCACCUUCACAAGCCCUUAGCAGACCAGGAAAGUCAAGGUGAGACUCGUGGCCCGUUUGUUGAGUGGUACCACGUGGGCCAAAGCUCUAGGGACCCGAGUGGAUGGAAACCCUGGCAGGAA